ACCCUGGUUAGAGAAGGGUGGGUUGGGGAACUUCCCUGAUAAGUAAUUCUCAGAACAUGGCCGAACCAGAUGGAUAUAGCCCUUUUGAUAAAGAAGGAACAGUAGCAGCAGAUUUCCUUGACGAUUUCAAGGAGUAUGUGGAUACUCAACCGAACUGCUGCCCAGUGGUGUAUGAUGAUACUGGUAAAGAUAUCUUCUGUGGAUGGGUUUUUUGGAGCCGAGAAGACGACCAAUCCGAACAUCCUCCGAUUCUCUUUCCAGAUAUUUUGGAUUUUAAAAAGAAGAUCAAAGAUGUCCUUCGAAAUUGUGUAGUCGAUUGCUUUGAAUAUCCAAUACUAUAUCAAUUUUGGGCACCCACAAGGACAAUGGAGGGCCGGUCUUAUCUUACAACUCAAAACCAACCUUUCGCUCUUUCUACAUUUGAUAUAAGAAUUGAUGAUGUUAAAGGAUUUUGUGGGUAUAGGAUGAUCUCUAAGGACUAUAAAUUUUACAUGGAUAGAGAGAGUUCCGAUGAACAACUUGGGGUUCCUGGCCGUGUUUUCAAGCAUGGAUUUCCCGAAUUCAGUUCUAAUAUAGAAUAUUACUCUAUCAAAGAGUAUCCAUUGCGCGACCAUGCUUUACAUUGCCAAGUUAAACUAUCUUCGGCUAUCCCCCUGUUUGAUCUUUCUACCCACUUAUGUGUUGGUGUACUUGAGAUAGUUUCAACAACGCCCUCAACGGAAUAUCCAUCAUUCCUUGACCCUGAUUGGGGGAAUUUCCAUAAUUAUUGGAAGGAGGUAGGUCUGGAAUCUUCAAUUUCAGUUGCCGACCAUUGCAAGGAAAGUGUAAGUGGUACACUGUAAUGUAAUGUCAAAUUUGGUAUUUUAUUUUAUUUUUUAAAUUAAUAUGAUGAGGAAUAUCUUCUGACAAUACUUGGACGUGACAA